ACCGUGACUUGGUUCACAAACCUCCUCCUGUGCUUGUCCUCAGACCUCCUGGUUGCUAAAUCACUGAUAAUUUCAGUGGCUAUUGUCUCGCCAAGGCAAUGCCAACCAAUGGGUAAGCUAAAUCUCAAGCGCACACCCGCUGAGGAGGCCGAGCGUGCUCUCCGCAAGGCUCGAAAAGCCGCAAAGAAGUCAAGGAGGUGGUCACAACUGUCGGAGGAAACAAGCGAGCAUGGAGAGCCUAGCUCCAAGCGGAGACACCGAGAACAAGCAACUGAUUCUUAUCUUGACGAAGAUAUCUAUGGCCCUCCGCCUCCUCCGUCAUCGUCAUCCGCGCACAAACCUGACUAUGACACCAUUCUUUCUGAAUUGGAGGACGCUCGCUUCAGGGAGAAAAUGUGGGACGCUCUACGUGAUGAUGAACGGUUGGAUGGUAUAGACGCUAGAUUUAACGAUUACGCCCAUGUUCCCGAUAGAUGGCGGACGAAUGCAGCCAGCAGUGGAAGUCAUGCAGACGAAACGGAUAUAGACCCGCGGUUCAUGGACGAUAACACGUACGCCGAGUGGAUUCGAGAAGGGAUGUGGAGGCGGAAGCACGUGCGAGAACACGGAGAGGAAACUCGCAGGAAGGCGGAAAGGGCAGCUCGUAGGACUAGGAAGAAGGAGAUGGAAGCAGAGGCGGCUAGACUCGAGAAGGUUGCGGAAGAGCGAAGAAAGCAGAAGAAAAGGGAAAAGGAGAGCCGGCGAGAGGAGAAUGCUCGAGCAGAGUACGACCAAAAGUGGAAGGAUCUCUUGGAUCCCAACACUCGGGAUGGCUCUCUGCUUUCCUUUGGCGAUAUACCGUGGCCACUGUUUGUGCCCAUGAUGCACUCAGAUACCACUCAUUCAGACUCAUCCUCGAUUACAUUGGAACACUUCACGGCGACAGCAAUCUCUGCAUUCCUAAUACCAAUUUCUACAAAAUUUGCGCUCGCUCAGGCCGCUGGUGUUUCGCUCCCAACUAACGAUCGUGACAAGAAGGAGAAGAAAGAAAAACUACGGGAGACAAUGUUGCGGUUUCAUCCGGACAAGUUUGAAGGACGGGUCAUGCGGAAGGUCCUCGAGGCGGACAAAGAUAGAGUAAGGGAGGCUGUGGGGCAAGUGGCUCGAAUUCUCAAUACUCUGAUGGAGGAAUAGAUUGAAGGUAGUGAUUCAGUUGGUAUCACAAGUAUUUGUGGCAUAUGGAACUCAUUAGUGCUUCAGCUUAUACAGAGGUUUGUGCU